AUGUCGCUGAAGCCGGACGACCGAAGCCGGCGCGGGAGAUCCAACUCGCCUGGCGGAAGGGAACGGUCGAGAUCGAGAAGCAAUGUUGGACUUCCUGAGGCACCUGAAAUUCCGAGGACUUCUUAUACUUACCCGGCAAGUCCCUCUGCUGUGCCGUAUGGGAAUGGCAGUGGCAAUGGAGGUGUCACUUCGCCUGCUUACGGCGUGAAUACACCUACUGGAAAUUCUGGAAAUCCGUAUUUCCCUGCUAGCCCGAGCGCCAAUUCCAUGCCGGGAUCUUUCCAGCAGGUUUCCAUGCCGUACCCGGAGGAUAACGGGGGUUUCACGAUGGGCGGGUAUACGGAUUUCCCACCGCAUGAGAGGCCCGGGUAUGUUCCGCCGGCGGAGCAGUAUCCUCCUCCUCCCCUUCCACCACGCAAGAAGAGUAAAGAUGAUGAUCUGGCGUAUGGGAAGGAUUAUUCGAAGCGGGAGAAUCUUUCCAGGCAUUCGUCGUACUCGAGAGUCUCUUCUGGCCAGUAUCAGUACGCUCAGCCUCCGGACAAGAUCACCUAUACUGCGAAGCCCGUGGGCAGCCAGUCGCCGCCGGCUGUGAUUUAUAAUCAGAAUGCGUGUGGGCAGCCGCCGCCUCAGACUGUGAGAUAUAAUUCCACACCGUAUGGACAGCCGCAGUCCCAGGAAUAUGGCUACUCUGUAACGCCUCAGGGGCAAUUCCACGAGCAAAUGCCGAGCACAUACUCUCAUAACGCAUACGAGCCGGACGCCCAUGUUGUGGAUAUCACGCCGGGUCGAGAGAGGCUCGAGCGACACGGUUCCUCUUCGAGGACCAACCGACUGGCCGUGAACACCCAACCAGGAUCAUCAUUGUCAGCACCACGAUCUCCAGGACUGGGACCGAGGAUGGAUCGACUAUCCGUCAGUGGCAACAGGCCCGAUCUUCAGGCACUGGGAGGAAGCAUGCCGCCGCCGAGUCCAUUGCUCGAAGCCUAUUAUGGAACUUACCAAUCCAUCUCUCCCAUGCCCCUAGCAAUCCGUCCCGACGACGAUCUCUCCGACCUCGACUUCGAGCCUCUCUCCCCAGCCGUCUCGCGAGAAGCCCGACCAAGCGCCACGAAACCCACCAACGAUCGUCUCGCCCAAGACCUCGCCCGCAAGGAAAAGAAACGCGUAAAGCUCUACGACGCGGAAGAAGAUGCCAAAGCCAUCGCUUCCGCUCUCAACCACCAUAAACCCGACGCCGACGCCAUCUGCGAUAUCCUACCCCAUCUCUCCCACGACCAGAUCAUGGAAGUGCACAAGGAAUACAAGAAACAGGUCCGAGUGCACGGCAAGGGCGUCAACCUCUCCAAACACAUCAACAUGAAACUCUCGGGCACCAUGUUUGGCAAGGCAGUCUAUGUCACCGCUCUGGGGCGAUGGGAGAGCGAGGGCUACUGGGCGAAUUUCUGGUACCAAUCCCACGGCUCUCGCCGGGAACUGCUCAUCGAAAGCCUCAUGGGCCGCACGAACACGGAAAUCCGCAUGAUCAAGGAGGAUUUCAAAGACAAGCGCUAUUCCGACUCCCUGGUCCGAUGUAUGGAGAAGGAACUGAAAAUGGAUAAAUUCCGCACGGCCGUGUUGAUGGUUCUGGAAGAGAGGAGGCAGGAAGAACAGGAUUCCUACCCGGUGGAAUAUCUCCAUCGCGACGUCGACCUCCUCUAUCGCAGUGUGAGGGCGGACAAGGGAGGCGAAUCGGCCAUGUUGGAAAUUGUGAUCCGCAGGAGCGAUUCGCAUCUCCGCGAAGUUCUGAGGACGUAUGAGAGGAUGUAUGGCGAGAAUUUCGCCCGCGCCGCGCUCCGGAAAUCUAAUAAUCUGGUCGUGAGUCCCCCAUCCCACCCCCAAUCCCCAUCUCCCUCCCUCUCUCACUAAUACCCUCCUCCCCCCCCUCCCCCCCCAACAGGGCGAAGUCAUAGCCCACAUCCUCAACGGUGUAAUCAACAAACCCGCCCGCGACGCCCUCCUCCUACACCACGCCCUCCGCGACAUCUCCGACAAGAACACAGCCGACGAACUCCGCUACGAGCUGCUGAUUUCCCGCUUGGUGCGCGUGCACUGGGAUCGCGCGCACCUGGCGCGCGUGAAGCGGGAAUUUUACGACAAGUAUCGGCGUCCGUUGGUUGAGGCCGUGCAGGCGGCUACGGCUCCUAAGAAGGGGGAUCUGAGGGAGUUUUUGUGUGAGUUGUGUGAGGCUGGGGGUUGA